UCUUCGUUCAGUACUCGCGCGAGUUAGUGUUUUGGUCAUUCAGCGAAGCGGCUGAUGAAUACGGCUGUUUAUUGUCCUUCAGUUCAUUACUUUUUCUAUCCUUAAAGGUUUAUGUGGCAGUGUAUACUCAUGAUUCAUGUGAAAAGAUAACAGUUGGUUUGUAAAAUGCCUCGAAAGCGUGGUGUUGGCUGUUUUGGGUCUCGCUCGAACCACCCUGAAAUUCGCUAUGGCAUCGACCAUUCAAAGGGAAUGCAAACGCUUCAGGAGUUUUCACAGCCGAUGCCUGAAGAGAGCGAACUCAAUGCCAAGUUUGCAGAGAUUGUGGAGGAGCUUGACCUCACUGCGGUUCAUAAGAAGGCCAUGUUUGAGUUACCUCCGGAGAAAAAAUGGCAGCUCUACCUAUCGAAAAAGAAGGAACAACAAGAAUUAAGUUCCACCAGUUACCCCGAGUACUACACAGAUCAGUUGAAGAGCCUUCAUUCAAUAUAUGUUUUUAAGAGUGAGGAGGAAAUAGAGACAAGAGCAAAACUUGUUGAUGGACUAAAGACUGCACUGCGCACUCAGCCCUUGAGAUUUGUUCAUAGGUUUAUCGAAUUAGAAGGUUUAAAUUGUUUAUUAGAAUUCCUAGAAAAUAUGGACUACGCAACAAGUCAAAGUAAAAUUCAUACAGCUGCAAUAGGAUGUUUUAAAGCACUGAUGAACAGCUCACAUGGAAGAGCACAUGUGUUGGCACAUCCAUCAUGUAUAAAUGUCAUUGCUCAAAGUAUGAGUUCUGAAAAUGUCAAAACCAAAAUACAAGUGUUAGAAAUCCUUGGAGCUGUCUGUUUGGUGCCUGGAGGUCACAAAAAGGCUCUAGAUGCCAUGACUCACUUUCAGAGGUUCAAUGAGGAACGAACAAGAUUCCAGACAUUGAUCAAUGACCUGGACCGUACAACUGGGCAAUACAGGGAAGAAUUUAACUUGAAGAUAGCCAUAAUGUCAUUCAUCAAUGCAGCUUUGAAAUAUGGAGCAGGAGCGGAACAUCUCGACUUUCGUAUUCAUCUCCGAUUCGAGUUCCUUAUGCUAGGAAUUGAGCCAGUCAUUGAAAAGCUGCGAACUUUGGAAAAUGCGACUCUUGAAAGGCAUUUGAACUUUUUUGACAUUGUAAGGCUUAAUGAUGAAAAAGACCUCUCCAAGAGAUAUGGUAUGCCUUACAUUGAUCUGAGAAGUGCGAGCUGUAUGUUUGACGUUCUCAGAAGGAAAUUAUGUACAACAUCAGCGUAUCCGCAUCUGUUGUCAAUUCUUCAUCAUUUGCUCCUUGUUCCGAAUGAUCAUGGUGUGGCUCGUAGACUUUGGCAGUUGAUUGACAGAGUCGUUCAGCAAAUCGCUGUCCAGGAAGAUGACGGCAGUGACCCGGAUGUGGCGCCAUUGGAUAUCAAUGUGAACUACAUUCUAGACACAUUACUUCAUGAAGAUGAGUUACGAAGGGAGGAACUUGGAGAAGACGUUGAAGGUCUUAAAGCCAAGCUCCAGAAGAAAGAAAGAGAAGCCGAUAGCAAAAAACAAGAACUGGAAGAACUGAAGGAAGCAUUUGAUAAAAUGUCCGUGAAACUUGAAAGAGAAUCUCAAGAAAGAGAGGAAGCCAUGCAGCAGAUCCGAGAACAAGAAACUAAACUUAAUGAAGCGAAAUUAAAGAUUGAACUUGAAGGUCAAGAAAGACUGAAGCUGGAAGAAAUCCUCAAAGGUGUUGGUGGAUCAAUACCAGACGACGCCAAGAUUUCCAACCUCACCAGUGCAGCGGCUGCUGCCAAGCAAUCACCAAUGCAAGGUGUAGUCCCCCCACCCCCUCCUCCUCCACCACCAGGGGGGGCUGCUGCACCACCACCACCUCCUCCUCCUCCUCCUCCGGGAGGAGCUCCCCCGCCACCUCCCCCACCUGGUGGCUUAUCAGGCUCUCCAGCCCCUCCCCCACCACCCGGUGGCAAGUCAGAUGGCGGGUUCUUCGGGUUUAGCAAACAACCGAACAGGAAGGCGCCAAAACCAUCUCAGCCUCUGAAGUCCUUCAAUUGGGCGAAAUUACCGGAUUCUAAAAUAAAAGGCACUGUUUGGACCGACAUUGAUGAUGCAAAGGUGUAUGCUGUCAUGGAUUUUGAAGAUUUUGAUAGAAUGUUUUCGGCGUAUCAAAGAAAAGAGAAAGAAAACAAGGACGGUGCAGAUAGUAUAUCAAAACCAAAAGAGAUGUCACUUAUUGACAGCAGACGCGCGCAGAACUGUGGCAUUCUGCUUUCGAAACUGAAGAUGACGGAUGAAGAAAUAACUAUAGCGAUUCUUUCAGUGGAUGCAAAUGAUGAGCUGUCGAAAGACAUGGUGGAACAGCUUCUCAAGUACGUCCCUACUUCAGACGAGAAGAAUCUUCUCAAUGCACACAACAAAGAAAUCGAUCAAUUUGCUCGCGCAGAUAGAUUUUUAUAUGACAUGUCAAGAAUUGUCCACUACGAGCAGAGGUUAAAGUCAUUGUUUUACAAGAAAAGAUUUCCCGAGAGAAUGGGCGAGGUUAAACCAAAGGUGCAAGCUGUAUUGGAAGCAUCCAAGGAACUUCAAAGAAGUAAAAGACUUAGAAUAUUACUUGAAGUUGUUCUGGCGUUUGGUAAUUACAUGAACAGAGGAGCGAGAGGAAAUGCUGCUGGAUUUAAGCUGGGCAGUCUAAACAGAAUCAUUGAUACCAAGUCAAGCUCCAAUUCAAAAAUAACUCUUCUUCACUACCUGAUCAUGGUGCUGGAAAGAAAGUAUCCUGAGGUGCUCAAAUUAGAAGAAGAACUAGGACACGUAAGGACAGCUGCUAAAGUCAAUUUGGGUGAGUUGGAGAGUGAAUCAGCUGCCAUAAAAAAAGAACUCAAAGAGGUCGAGAAGGAGCUGGAAUUUCAGCAAAAGAAGAAGGAACGAAUUCACGGCGACAAGUUUGUGGAAGCGAUUGGCUCUUUCGUGAAAGUGGCACAGUUUUCGUUGUCUGAAUUGGACGAAUCUUGGAAAGAUAUGAAGCAAAAGUAUGCUAAGGCAGUGUCCAUGUUUGGGGAGGAACCAAAACAGCUUCAGUCUGACGAAUUUUUCGGCCUGUUUUCAGCAUUCCUGGUUUCAUUUGCAGAAGCAAAACAUCAGAACGAGGAAAUGAAGAAAAGGAAGGAACAAGAAGAAAGAAAAGCGCGAGCAUUGGCUGAGCAAAAGGAAAGAGACCGACAAAGAUCAGCGGCUAAGAAAAUCAUUCAUAACAACGAAGCGCCAGUAAGAAACAGCAAAAAGAUGAGUACAGCGGGAGAUAAUCGGGGCGAAUUCGAUGAUUUAAUCUCCGCUCUAAGAACUGGGGACGUGUUUGGAGACGAACUCAGUAAAAUGAAAGGUCGUAGACGAACGGCGCCUCCGAAGCAGGGUUGGCGUGUCGAAAACGGUUCCGAACGUGAACGAGCCUCUCCGAGAGCCUCACCGAGGAUACUACGAAAGAAUUGAAUACCGCCAACAAUCUUCUCGGCGCAUGGUUUGCAACAUUGGUCCUCGCACAAUUGAAUGCUGUUCGUAUUUCGCUUACAAACGAGUCUUUCAGAGUACGUAAAUUUGGAUUAGGAUGCUUAGAAAAGAAUUGUACUGUUUUUUGCUGUAAAGUUUGUUAGUUAUGUAUUUUAUUUGAAAGCGAAAUAUGGCAGCUUUACACAAUGCUAUUUCCUCCAAGGAGAAAUAGAAAUUUACUAGAGACAGUCAAUAGAGUUCUCAAAAUGGAGGGAAAAUGAAAACACAAGGAAACUUGAAUAAAAGAGAAAUGAAAACAAAAGGCUCAAGCAAGACAGGGAGUCAAGUGUUGAAAGAUUUCACGAACAAACUAAAAAGGAGUGAAAAAAGUACCGUCUUGAUACUUGAAACCGUGAGGAGAGUAUCAAGUAAUAAUUUCCAAGAUAGUCCGUUGCAAUUUAAUCAACAUGUAAUGCUUUGAGAAGGUUUGGUUAUACGUUAACUAAAUUUGAAGGUGCAGUUUUUAAUUUGCGCAUCAUUCGGUGCAGUAUGAGGGGGUAAAGAUGAAAUGGAAACACUGAUGUGAUCUGAUAGCAAUAUAUUUACCUCACUGGAGACUAGGUUUAACCUUUAAAGAGUUUUUUUCGCGCUGAAGAAAUGAGCAAAACAGAGCUCUAAGCCGCCAGGACAACAAUUCCAUUGUGUUCAGUUCGGGGACGGUUUCCCAGCCGAAUCCUUUCAGUUUCUUUGCUAAAUACAGUAAGCAGUUAAGUAAACAACGUUUUAAUAGCCCUUUAAGCGUUACACGUAAAGCGUUCAGAUUUCUCUUUGCUUAGCGAUUUACUUCAUAAGUUCAAAGUUUUUGAUGUUUCUCUCAAAACGAGGGCUUGUUUGUGAGACAGACAAACUUACAGCUUGCAGAUAAAAUGUUCUUGCAUAGCUGUGAUUAGUUUGUGUCGAUAGAGGCGAGACUCUUGCAAACAUGUCUUAUUUUGUCAGAGAAUGAUGUCAGUUCUCCCAAUUCAUGACUUGUUCACCUAGUUAAAACAAGUUGACAACUUACUAGACUGGUUUAAAAAGUGGCAAUCGAUUGUGCAGGAAUUUCCCGCCAGAAUUGCGUUACAACAACUGAACAAACUCUGCUAUCGCCGCCCUGUUUUUUCCCGAUUUAUUUUAUACAUGUCGUAAAGUAUACCUAAAUUCAAUAGAUAAAUAUAUAUUAAAUCAUAUUGUAACUUAAAUUGAUUUCUAGUUUUGUUACAUAUUUAGUUCGAAUAUUAUAUCCUGACCUGAGUCAGCAAUUCGUACUGGAAAGUUCGCCUCGUUGAUUUGACUGAAGAGCACUGUUAUAGAACUGUUUAAGGUAAAUUAAAUUUCUGUAUAGAGACAGACUGGAAUUACUCUGGAUUAUUCUGUCGAUAAUUUCAUUUGAAUUCUGUUCGCCUUGCAGUUCAAUGGAGGCGUUUUAUCAUUUGUACGUAUGUAGGCUUUUUUUGUAAAUUAAAGAAAUACGCUACGUUUUUCAUUCGUAAAUUUGACAAACACAAUUAAUUUGAAUAAAUGUGGCGAAUGUGUUGUGA